AUGGCGGAGAAGUUAGACGUGCAUACAUUUGUUAGGGAGCUAUGUGGAGGAUUCCGGCUGCUGGCCGACCCAACAGUCGGGUUGAUCACACCGGCUAGUUUGAGAAGAAACUCUGCGCUUCUCGGGAUGGAGGGAAUGAGCAAAGAAGAUGCAGAGGCUAUGGUGAGAGAAGGAGACUUGAAUGGUGAUGGAGCAUCGGACGAAACAGAGUUUUGCAUACUCAUGGUCAGACUUAGCCCUGAGAUGAUGCAAGAUGCUGAGACCCGGCUUGAAAGGGCACUUCAACAUGAGUUUUUUGCACACCCCUGCACUUGA